GCCAUGAAUACACGUCUCUCAUUUUGAUGGUUAUCAUAUAAUCGUAUUACGGAAGUAACGUUCGUAUUGUGAGGAACCCUCAUCCAUCCACUCUCUGCUAGCUGCGGUGCAACAAUCUGUCCGAGCCGUGCAAAGAUGUCGCUGGCUGCAAACUGCACUGAGCUGGAAUCUUUUGUUAUAAACUGAUAGCCGAGUGCCUCCAGCUUCCUGAUAUCUCCAGAGCAUAGACGAUGGUUUUGAUAUUGCUUUUCAAUUUGGCUUUGGACAUUGGAAUUUUCAGAUAAAGUGGAGGGGAGACAGUGCAAGGAGCGGUUUACUCAGCUUUGAAAAGUGCCAUGGCCUGGAGGUAUCUGUUGGUUACUGCCACACUCUUAUCGGGCUGCAAACAGGUCCUGGUAGAAGCAAGCUCCUGGUGGUCUUUAGCCAUGAAUCCCAUUCAAAUACCAGAGGUGUACAUUAUAGGAGCCCAGCCUUUGUGUAGCCAACUGGCUGGGCUUUCUCAAGGCCAAAAGAAGCUUUGCCAGUUGUACCGGGAUCACAUGCAGUACAUUGGAGAGGGUGCUAAAACUGGCAUCAAGGAAUGCCAACAUCAAUUCAGACACCGACGGUGGAAUUGCAGCACUGUUGAUAACACAUCCGUCUUCGGCAGGGUCAUGCAGAUAGGAAGCCGGGAGACUGCAUUCACCUAUGGGAUCUCAGCUGCUGGAGUGGUGCAUGCAAUCAGCCGUGCUUGUCGUGAAGGGGAGCUGGCUACGUGUGGCUGCAGUCGUGCUGCACGGCCCAAGGAUUUACCACGUGAUUGGCUAUGGGGUGGCUGUGGAGAUAACGUAGAAUAUGGCUACCGGUUUGCAAAGGAGUUUGUGGAUGCCAGGGAGAGGGAGAAGAUCUAUCAGAAAGGAACGUAUGAUAGUGCCAGGACAUUCAUGAAUCUGCAUAACAAUGAGGCUGGAAGAAGGAUGGUCUAUAACCUGGCGGAUGUGGCCUGCAAGUGCCACGGGGUGUCGGGUUCUUGCAGCCUGAAGACCUGCUGGUUACAGUUAGCUGACUUCCGCAAAGUGGGCGAUGCGCUCAAGGAGAAAUACGACAGUGCCACCGCCAUGAGGCUGAAUGGCCGCGGCAAACUGGUUCAGGUGAACAGCCGCUUCAACCCGCCCACCGCUCUGGACCUGGUCUAUGUCGACCAGAGCCCCGACUACUGUGUCCGCAACGAAAGCACCGGCUCCCUGGGCACGCAAGGCCGCCUGUGCAACAAGACCUCCGAGGGCAUGGACGGCUGUGCGCUGAUGUGUUGUGGCCGGGGUUAUGACCAAUUCAAGACGGUUCGCACCGAGCGCUGCCACUGUAAAUUCCACUGGUGCUGCUAUGUCAAGUGCAAAAAGUGCACAGAGGUGGUCGAUCAGUUUGUCUGCAAAUAACCAACACCCCUCCCCCUCUAAACAACAAAAAAACCCUGUAGCUACAGAGAGAAAGAGAGACCUUGAGAAAUUCGAGACUCCUAGGAAUUGGGCUGCAACGCGCGAACUGCCUCUUAAUACUUCAGCUAAUGAAAAGCAAAAUGAUCAAACCAAAAGCCAACUGCAAAACUACGUGAACUUUAAGCUUUAAAGAAGACCCAUUUAAAUGCAUUUAGCGCCAAACACUGACUAAUGUGGAAGUAGAAAGCAAUGGGAGACGGGUCUGCUCAAUUGUCGAACAUCUAGAGACUGUGAUCAUCACUGAACGUGGUCAGAAACAAACCUAGAAACAGGGCUUUUAUCUCAACGUGCACUCAACAGCGCCCCGCCUUGAACUCUCUCCAAGUGCAGAUUUGUCCAGUGGGAAUGAUCGGUGUUGACUAUUUGGGAGAUAAAUCUCAGAUCUGAGCACGGAAACAAUGUGAACGCUCUUAACACACUUGCUCUUUAAAGAGAGGGUCUGCACCCCGCCCCCCCCAACCUAGAAGGGAACAAAUUUCGAAUAUAAAUGUGUCAAUCUAUUUUUGCAUUUCAGAAAAUUCACUAAAAAGCCAACGUUGCUGACGAUCACCCAUUGGCUGCCCCGAGAUGUAAACUUGACAGAAGUUUCCUGGGUUCCUGUGUCGCUUUCUAAUAUUUAAAAGCAUUAAGUCCUGGCUUGCCAUGUAUUUAUUUUGCGGAAAAUAUUCGCUGUGGUGGCAGUCUGGUUUCUGUGUAUUUAAACCAGUUAAGUCCACACUGAAUGCUCAGACUGGGAGAGUUUUAGCACAGAUGGACAUUAGAGAACAUCUUUCAUUGCAAUAUUUUAGUUUCCAAAAUAAUAAAUAUAUAACUGCAGGUCGAAAAUGGGAGGACUUGCUGGUAUGGUAAACUAUAUAUUACGGGCAAACUAAGGUUUAUUGGUGUCUAAUAUUCCAACUUUGUAUAUACGUCUACAAUCAGCGAUUUAAAUUGUAUUUAUUUACAGUUAUAUCUAGACUAGAUUUGUCUAAAUCUGCAUUUAAACGGAUUUGCUGCAAUUGUAUUCAUCUAACAUGUCCAAUUGGUUUUCCUUUGUAAAUCCGUGGAAUGUCGCGCAAAGUGGACAUUGCUAAUGUUUGUAGGAUGUGUGUCUUCCUCCGAACCCCGAACUGUUUGGGGCAAGGGGGGUGGUUCAGUUCCCUGGAAUGUUGCACUGACCUAAGUUGUAAAACUGUUACAAACAGCACUUGUGCACCGCACCAUUCCCAUGUACUAAAACAGUAGGGUUCUUUUGGGGGGUGGGGUUGAAUUGGUUUAUAGUUUGUGUCGCGUUCGUUCCCAAGAAGCAGGAGAUUUUUUUUUCUCGUGUCGGGUUAGAGUAGAACUUGCAUACGUGGGAAAUAUGGUAACUCCACUUGAUGACUAUUUCGUUAGGGCAAUAUUUGUCUCUGUGGUACUGCACCGACUGCAGUUUCUGGCAGCGUGUCAUUAUAGCGAUGCAUUGAGCAUCUCUUAAGUGCUGUACAUUUCAAGGUGGAUUUUUUUUUAAUUAUAACGGUACAAUGUUGCAAAAAUAGAUAUAACCCAGGCCAGUAAAAAAAUGUCAUUGCAAUUAAUUUAACCGUGGAUAACUUUAAUCUAGUGUAUUAUGUUGUAUGCUUUUGGUGGUCUGACUAUGGAACCGUUUUUGAUCAGAGUUCAUUGAGUAACCUUAAUCGUUAUGCCACCCCUUAAUGUUUAAUGGCUAUUUAUGAGGAGAGUUAUUUUCAGUGUUGGAAAUAAAACUGCUAUAGUUCGAAA